UUUGGAGAUGGGUUGGUCUUUGGAGUGAUGUCACCUCACUCCUGCAUGGGCAUCCAUGCUAACAGCAGAGUGCGUCUCCCGUGCGUCUUCAAAAGGAUGCUGUUCUCCAAGAACGCAAAAGCAGCAUUACACAUGGCGGUGUGACAGCAGAGGAAUGACUCCUCAGAUAUUUCCUGAACUCCAUGUGGCCAUCGGGACUAUUUGCGGUGAAAGGUUUGCUAUUUGAAGGGAUACAUUUGUGCAGGUACGGAGUCUUUUGUGGGCUACACGGCGUUUACCGACCAGAAGAGUUACGCGUAACGUAGCUGCACGCGUUAGUGGAGGGCAGCUCUGCGCACCCAGUCGUAGUUGUUUUGAAUAAGAAAAGGGUGCAAAACAGCAAACAUGGUACGAAAGGACGCACUGGAGCCAGAAUGGAUUUAACCCAGUUAAACCUGUUGGUGGAAAACGUUUCCAAGGAUGAGAACACCACGGACGCACCGCUUGCCUUGCCACACACGGAGGCAGCCACGGCGCUCAUCAUCCUGGUAGUUACUGUGAUCAUUUCGGUGACUAUUGUUGGUAAUGUGUUGGUGAUUGUCGCAGUGCUGACCAGCCGGGCUCUCCGUGCGCCCCAGAAUCUUUUUCUGGUCUCUCUGGCCUCAGCGGACAUCCUAGUGGCCACGCUGGUCAUCCCCUUCUCCCUCGCCAAUGAGGUCAUGGGCUACUGGUACUUUGGAAGUACUUGGUGCGCCUUCUAUCUCGCUUUGGACGUGUUGUUCUGCACCUCAUCCAUUGUACACCUGUGCGCCAUCAGUCUGGACCGCUACUGGUCGGUGACAAAAGCGGUCAGUUACAACCUAAAACGGACACCUAAGCGCAUCAAAUCCAUGAUCGCCGUAGUGUGGAUAAUAUCUGCUGUCAUCUCGUUCCCUCCUCUUCUCAUGACCAAACAUAAUGAACGGGAGUGCCUGCUAAACGAUGAGACCUGGUACAUCCUCUCGUCCUGCCUGGUGUCCUUCUUCGCUCCAGGUCUCAUCAUGAUUCUGGUUUACUGUAAAAUAUAUAAAGUGGCCAAGCAGCGCUCCUCCACCGUAUUCGUGGCCAAGAACGGCCUGGAGAGGCAGCCCUCUCAGUCCGAGACCUGUUUCGUCAGGAAGGACCGCUUCGAGAUGGAGAGCCCCAGCAGCCAGAGCUCCGGCAGCCACCAGCAGAGGCAAGGAGAGCUGGAUGACAUCGACCUGGAGGAGAGCUGCUGUCCGUCGGAUACGAAACCCCGCAAUCAUCGCUUCACCAAGCGGAGAAAGGUGGAGGGGUCGGACUGCUGCCCUCCUCAGAACUGCCGCCUGUCCUGGGCUUCAGCCAGGGCGUUACAGCUCUACCCGGAGCAGAAGAACCCAGCCAGGCGACAACAGCUGGCCGCGGCCAAUAAAACUAAAGUGGCCCAGAUGCGGGAGAAACGCUUCACUUUCGUGCUGGCGGUAGUGAUGGGUGUGUUUGUGCUUUGCUGGUUCCCUUUCUUCUUUACUUACACCCUGCACGCUAUCUGCAGAGACAGCUGUUACAUCCCUGGCGCACUUUUCAACCUUUUCUUUUGGAUUGGCUACUGCAACAGUUCUGUGAACCCAAUAAUAUACACGAUUUUCAACAGAGAUUUCAGGAAAUCCUUCCAGAAAAUCAUAUGCAAAACUUCCAAACGUACAUAAUAAUUUUCUGGGACCCAUCUGUUUUUGCCUCUCUCGUUCCACUGUGCUUGGAAGGAAUUUUACUGUAUGAACACAUACUUCAUUGUUGACUGUUUCCUGUCCCCCAAACUCAUUGUAAUGUAACUACAACAGAUAGAAAAAAAUAUGAUCCAGUGUUGUGUUGAAAGUCUAUAAAUAAAAUGUCAAGAUCAGCAAAACAAUAGCGACACAUUUUUAGUGAUUCAGUGUUGUAAAACCUGGUCAGCUACUUAAUGACUUAAUCCCAUUUGGGAUGUGCAAAGUUUUAAUAUAUAGGUUACUGCAUAACAAGUCCUGCAGGCUGGCACCUUUGAGCAAGAAAUCCCAGUAUAUUAGAUCAAUCUUUCAUGCUGCAGCAGCUACUUCAGAGUUGAAUUAAAGUCAUGAAUGCAGCUGGAUUCCAGUGCUGACGGCUGGUUCACAGUGGGUGUUUUUUUUGUUGAGAUGAAUAGAAGAUUAAACUGCACCAUUUCCAAGAUGCGAGCAUGGGGAUAAGCAGGAAAGCCAGUAUCCACUGUGAGUAUGUGUCGUGGAAAGAAAUCCUGUAGAUGAAAUGAUUUAAACCAGGUUCAUGUGAAUGCUGCAUAGUUGAAGUGUUUGGUGAUAUUGCUGGUAAUUCCUAGACAUACGUUUAUCUUUGCUUGCUUCAGUUGAAGUUACAGCGAGGCUAUCAGCUGUUUCUUAUCAGUGAACCCCUAAAAUUACAUAAGAGUCUAAUCUCACAGCCGCUGCCACACCGUCACACCACCUCACACCAGAACAAUGGCCAAACUGAGGCUGAAUCUGUUGGAUAAGUUCAUUUCAAUACCUCACAAUACCUCAGUGUUUUGUAAAUAUUUAAACCCUGUGAGAUCACAAUUCUGGUAGAAGACCUGAUAACAGAGACAUGGGAAAGAGAGCAGAUCUGGGUUACAAGUGUGACUUUCGUUGUGUUGUAAAAUGUGUCUUUUAUCCUUAUUUACAUAAAAUGUCACUGGCAGGGUGAGAAAAGGAAAACUCAGAAGAUUUACCUGCCUGAACGUGUCAGAAGAAGGAUGUUUAUGUGUGACACAACCAAAUGGUCCUGCUCCUUCUGUCUGACAAAAUAACACCUCCUGGCCCACAGUUUUGCAAGCAGAGCUGGACUUUCCUUCAGCAUCAGGUCUCCCAGGUUCAAUAAGAGAGUGUAAUAUCCACAAGCCAAGCCUCAGGGCUGUAAUCCUCUGCUUUAUGAAUCUGUAUCAUCAUAGGGAAAAAAAAAAAUCCACAUAUUAUGGCUAUAAUCUAACUUCCCACCUUUUCAAAAUACACAGAAAUAAUUCACAGCAAGAAGACACAUUCAACCCGUAUGGAAAAGAGCAUAUAAAAGUUUAAGUGAAUUGUUGCAAUAUAUUAUGAAGGUUGAAUGAGAAGUCUUGUGCUUCUCUGGGAAAACUCUGGUUAGUGGUAAGAUGGCUGACCAGCCUAUUGUCUGCAUGGGGGUGCUGGGAGUAAAUACACUAUUUAUAUCCUCUUAGGAAUGUCUUCAAAGCACUCCUCUGGCAGACUGGCGCCCUGCCAAAGAUAAUCACCCCAUCUGAGGGGUGCAGUGCUGAAAAAGAAUAUAAAAAAAUUAAAAUAUAUAUAUAUUUUUAAAAAAAAUAUUGAAGUGUUUUUUUCUGUGAAGUGUGCCCAUAUUAAUGAGGGUGUUAAUAUAUCAUCAAGGGAAGCAAGAAUUAAGGUGGUUACUUCCUCUUCUCUUGAUGUGUUGCAACAAUUUAUUCAUGAACAGAAUUAGCUGGAGAGAAGUGUGAGAAGGGAAGCUGUAUCUCAAAGGGAUUUGCAAACUCUUGAAACAAAUGAAAUGUCUGGACCGAGUCACACUCACAAGGAGUUGUAAAAUUAUCUUUCAUUUUCAUCUUGUGGGGUUACCAGGAAGAGAAGUGAUGCUAAUUGGGACCCGUGUAAGUUUAUGGGAUGCUGUUGUGUUCAUGUUAUUUGUAGCUUAAUUUCUCUAGAGAGCAUGGCCAUUACUCUUAAUACCUGUUAUAUUAUCCGAGGAGGAAAUAUUUAAAUGAACAGUCAUAUGUAAUUUUCUUCCUGAUGCGACUCCCUUGUGAAAUCUCCCUUCCCAAUUCAAUUAUCCUUCUAAUCAACUGCUCCAUUGCAGUGUAAUUUCUCUAGGCAUGUCUCUUCUCACCCUUCAGGUCUGUUGCAUCUUUUGUUUCAGAGUUUAAACUGAUAUGCCUAGCCCAGCAUGGGAUGUUAAAUUAUUUUAAUUUUCACAAAAUACUAAACAUUAGAUGCCUCACAGUCCUUCACUAUUUAUGAGAUAAAGACUAACAAAUAAAAUCUUCAAUUUUUAAUUCAGUUUUCAAUCAAGACAAAAUCAGUGCUGAUUUGCAGGCCUCUCCAAACUGUGCUUCCAUUCACCGAGCCUUUCGUUCAUCCUGUGCUGUAAACAAAGUUGGGGACUAGUUCAGGGACAGAAGUGAGUUGUGGGGACCCUGAACCUCUCAAAUCCUCUUCUAAAGACUUGAUGAGAGCAACAGACCAACUGGACAGAGUCAAAACAUUUCCUGGUGUGGGAAGGGGAAGUUUAAUUCAGGCCCUUUCUUUAGAAGGCAGCAAGAGUGCGAGGGUUGCUUAGGGUUGCUUAGGGUCAGCGAGCAGUGUGGGCAAGGCUGUUUGCAGUCACAAUAAUCACACAAGAUGUGAUUAUAAAUGUUUCAAGAUGGGUGCAAUGCAGAAAAAAAGGAGCCUCUCAGGACAGAAGAGAGAGAGAGAGAGAGAGAGCACUGAGGAGAGCAGUUGCUUGUUGUCCUCUCCUCCAUUACCUUGUUUGUCAGACACAAUGCAGUGUCUGCAGGCAAUUGCUUUUUUCAAUUGUCUCUAACAAGAUAAGGGUUGGAGGCGAGCAAGGCCAAAACUCGCGUCAAUCCCAGGAAACCGCGUACCUGGAGAACUGGAGCCAGUUUGUCAUUAGUGUAAAUCAGCUGGUGUCAUGCUGAAGUGAGGGUGGGACUGAGCUUUCUGUGUCCAGGCAGUUCCAAUAUAUCACCCUGUUUAACACAAACAAACGGGAUAUGACUUGAGGUGUCAAAGGAAAUCAGAACACUGCAGCACUAACUUAAACCUGACACUCAGAUUACUGGUCUCCAGUGUUCAUGCCUUUGCAUGCAAACAUGUGCAGAUGUGUACCCUGUCUGCCUCUUGAUAAACCAAGCAAGUGGACAUACUAUGUCCAAACAGAGUCUGGAAAUUUCUAUUUUGAAAAAUAUUUACCAUAUAUUUGGCAAAAAACUUUGGAUUACUGCACUGCAGAGAUACAGUGCAACAACAUAAGCAACUUUAAAUGUGAAGUAAAAUGCUGUUCUGUAUUUUUCUUGAUGGCAGUUCAUAAAAAGAUUAAAACUAACUAAUUCAUUGUUGUCCGCUUAUCCAAAGCCUCAUAUAGCUUAUUCCUCUGUGCCGCAGAGCCCCACAAAUUUAAAACACAUCAAGGCUGUUGCACAGGAGUGUAUUUUGCAUCACUCCCCACACACACCAUUCUUCUGCCAGAAACUGUCUCACUUGAGCAUAUACUUGGCCAGAAUUGAGGUCCAGGGUGGCAUUUGGUGGCAUCUGGAAUUUGAUCAGCCACUUCAAGUGUCACCCCAUUAUUCCAUAGUAUGACUGGUUACCUGCCCAGUCGGAGACAGGACGUUCGGUUGAACCCACUGUUUGGCGAGUAUUUUUGAAUGUUGUUUUCUUUUGAAUAUAGCCUAUUUUUGGAGGCACACUUUCUGUCUGAGGACAUAUAAAUUAUAAAUAAAGAAUGGAAUUUUUUUAUAUUUGCAUGGCGCCACUUGGUUGUGUUGUUAUUGUUAGGAUUAUUUGGCUUUUAAAUCUUGAGGGAAUAAAUGAAUAAAACAGUCUUCCCUCCAUUUCCACGAGUUGUCUUCAGGAAAGGAUGACUUUAUAUGUCAAAGCUGAGAGCUAAUUCCUGGAGUGUACGAGCAGAGCAACCGUCCUAGCACAACCAGAUGACACCCCAAACUUUCUAUACAUGUGGAUACCAAGAGAUACCACGGAGGUCCAUACGCUCAAGUGCAAAUUGUCAGACAAAAUUUAUUAAGUUAAAAGAAAAUGAACAAAUCAGAAGUGCGUACAGAACAAAAAAGGCUUGGUGUGUGAUCUGACUGAAUGUCUUAUUGUCUUUUUCUUAAUUGGUCGAAAGCUGUUAAAACUGCUGUACUUGUAUCCUACGCUAUCCUACUUAACCAGUUCAUGUCCAGGCACAGUAAUAAGCCCCAAUUCAUUAUAGUGCAGUAUGUCUCAUUAUGCCUCCACACAAUAGCCAUGGCCCGAGCCAGUCUUGUCAAUGUGAUAUAGUAACGCCUUAAGGGAAUUUCUUCAAAUUUGGCCCAAAUGACCUGCUGGACUCGAGAAUUAACUUUGUGAUGAAAUGUCCAGGUUAUUAUAUGAGCUCAGAAAACAUGCUAAUAAUUACAGAUCAAAUUUAACAGAAAAAUGUCUUCUAGGAUAAAAUAAUGAAGUGAUGAUGUUUUAUAUCGAAAAAAAUAAAAGGUUGAUUUUACUGUGACAUCAUCAUUUUCUGCAAAAACACUUUGCUGGGCAUUAUUCAGCUCUAUAACUCAGGAACAGAAGGGGAGAUCAUGACCAUAUUUCAUAUUUGGUCGGAUACUGAAUUGGUGACACUCAUCUUAGGUGUCCACUUUACUCUCACUCAUUUGACCAAAAACUUUUCAAAAAUUAUCAUUAUCAUAAAUACAUACAAAUCAAUACAAAUAAGCUGGUUCAGUAGACACAUUCAACCAAACAUAGUCUGUAAAUCUGACAUCAUUGACAUCACUGUUAAUAAAGUGAUCUAAUUGUGUAAUUGGCCAUUCAAACGCACACAUAUCACCCCUGCAUAAGUCAGUGCCCCACUUGGGCCACUCCAGUUAAAUAAAGUCUGGACACGCCCCUGCUAGCAAGCAACACGUGUAUAAAUCAGCAGCUUUAAAUAGGUCAUUACAAAUGCUUUAUUUGCUCCUGUUUGACUGACAUUUGCUAAAAAUCAGCCCAGCUGUUUCAGUAAAUUCAUUGUCCCUUUUAACAAUGAAACUAUACAUAUAUAUAUAUAUUGACAUGUUUUUAGGGUUAAGUCCACAGUAGGAACAAACAGAAGAGGAAGACAGGAAGACAGGAAACAGGAAAGAAAAUAGAUUUUGAAAAGUAGUGAGAGAUGGACUGAUGUAGUUUUAGGUUUUUCAUAGGAUUUGUUGCCAAAAUUAAGAUAUGGAAUAUUUCCAGCGUCAUCAUUUAAAACUCUUUGAAAAAUGAAAAAAAAAUGUAUGAAAUUAGUUCAGCAAGGUGACUAAACCAAAGUUUCUUAGUUGGUUGACAAAUUAAAUUAUGCUUGGUGGCUAUAACACUUUCACACAAAGGUGAACUUUCUCCUCCUCUUUUGGGGGAUGUGAUAAAUGAUUUCAGAAACUUUCCAUACCCAAAUUUGCAACAAGGAUAAUGUAUCUUCUCCUUUCUUGUUUGGUUGCCUGUCUUGUUGUUUGUUUUCCUACAUUAGAUACAAAAUGGAUACAGAAAUAAAUGGUAGUUAUUCCAAGAGAUAUGUGAAUAAAACAUUGUGCUUCUGUCUGUA